CUAAGAAAUUGAUGACCUCGUCAUAUGCGAAACCCACGCAGGUGGCGUAUGGGUUGCGUGAGCCCUUCCCCUUCCGCCUCCGCGACCUCGUCGCGGCGGGGUCAGAUCAUCGCCCCGGACUCGCCGCCUUCUCUCAGAUCGUACUCCGGCGACUCGACGUCCUCGCCGCGCGCCCCUGCUGUCUGCCCCGAGGUGGAAUUGGAAGCCAGGCCGGCCAAACGCGCUCGCGUGGUGCCCGGCGGCGGCGGUGGCGGUGGUGGUGGUGGUUGCGUAUCCGAUGACGAUGCGGCGGCGGACGGAGACGGCAGGGACCGCAUCAGCGACCUGCCCGACGCGAUCCUGGUGUCGAUCCUGUCCUUUCUCCCCUUCCGGGACGCGGCACGCACGGCCGUGCUCUCCUGGCGGUGGCGAAACCUGUUCGAUCAAUCUCUUCUGGACUUCAACGCGUGCCAACCGUUUCCACCUGAAGAGGGCCGCGGCUGCGAGUGGAUGAUCCACUCCAUCACCGACAUCCUCGUCGCACGCCCGCACAUCCCUAUCCGCAGCUUCCGCUUAGUCAUGUACGGGCAGGGCGUCGUCGAUCACCUGGCCGACGUCGAUCUUUGGUUUCGCGCGCUUGCGCUCCGCGGGGUCCGGCAACUCGACGUCGACAUGUUGUACACGGCCCCGACGCAGACCCUCCCGGGAUCCCUUCUCGAGUUAUCCUCGCUGGAGUCCCUCAGAGUGUUCAACUGCAGCUUCAUCCAUCCUUCCUGGACGGCACCGGUGCUGGCGCUGUGGCUCCCCACCCUCAGGACGCUAGACCUGUCCAACGUCUUCACGUCCCAGUACAUCCUGCAGGCCGUGAUUUCAAAUAGCCCAUCCCUCGAGUGCGCAAAGCUCAAGAACAUCACCGGAAUCAACAAGAUACGCGUCCGGUCGAAGAGCCUGGUGCGCCUUUUCGGCGACUUCGGUUACCUGAGCGAGCUCGUCGUCGAGGACGCUCCCAACCUCGAAGAAUUGGUGGGAAUCAGCCUCCCGCUCGGUGCAGCGAAGGUCAAGAUCGUCUUCGCGCCAAAGCUGCGGGUUCUGGGCUACCUAGGGAAGAGCGUCCACCUGCUCCUGAUGCAUGAUACCGUGUUUGAUGGAGGCAUCGUGCAAUAUAGGACCCUGAUGAGCAGCGUAAAGACUUUGUCUAUACAGGUGCCCUUCUCGGAGAAGGGGCACACCCUCGUCGUUGCUCGAUUGCUGAAAUGUUUCCCAUGCCUUGAGGUCCUUCAUAUCGAGCCAGACAGCCGGUCAAUUUGCCGGCCGGUCGAUCUUGAAGACUGGGACACAGAAACAUCUGUCCAGUGCAUUGAACAUUCCAUCAACAGAUUAGUCUUCGAGAAUUUUGCAGGGGAAGAGUGUCAGUGGAGGUUUCUGACGUUUCUGCUUGGGAUGGCUAGAGCUCUGAGGGUUGUCGAUUUCCACUGUUUAGAAAGCAAAGAUUGGGCAAGUAACCAGCUAGAGCUUCUAGGUUAUACAAACAGAGCCUCGGCCGAUGUCAGGUUCAUGUUUUACAAACUUAGUUGGCCGGUCAGUAACCUAUACCUGUGCCACUGUUGCCCCCAUCGAUGCCAAAAGGAUGGGAGAGUUGCUCUCACAUAGUAGUAACUUGCAUGUGAUAAAAAUGAUAGAAGCUAUUGAUGUUUUAUACUCCGUAGGUCUGAAAUGUGAGGGUAGUUCAAGUAGGAAAGGAAUAAGUAGCGAUGUUUCUUUGUCGCCUGAGGGUUAAUCUGCCUCUGAUGCUAUUAAGAGCCUUGCAUAAGUUAUUUGAUCCUUGUGUCUGAGUCUGAGGAACAGUUUGAUUAGUUUUCAUGUUCUCGACGACAACAUUUAAUUCAGUUGAGCAUACAAUCGCAGAAACUGAACAUUGGCAUAUAGUAGUAUAGCUGUUUUGGUGUUUUAAUUUUGGAUGUAUGGCAACCUUAGUAAUAUACUCACUCCAUAUUUUUUUAUAU